GACUCUCACUUGUCUCUUACUUUUCGACAUCGUCUCUCUUCGUUUUGCCUCCGAUUGCUCCGCUCCCUACUGCUUUUCUAUGGCCGCUUCUUACCCAAGCACCGACUUUUUCUCUUCCACUGGUUCAGUUAAGGCCUUAAACAUGCUGGAGAAGGAUAUGGUAGAGAGGCUAACAACUGACAAGAGUGUUCUCCAAGAUCAGAUUUUACAGGACACCAAUAGGUUUCGCCCUUUCUAUGGUAAUGCUUUUUCUGCAAGUUCCUGCGGUUUUAACUCAGAGUCAUUUCACAUUGGAGGCUAUGAAAAUGCAGCUGAUACUCCAAGGUCCUACCAUUCACAUACGGACAUGCUAAGCUUUGAAGAUGUUUCUCCUGACAUGAGAUACGACAUGUUUUACCAUGGUAGUGGUGUACCAUCAGAUUUUAAGAGGCCAUCUUAUUCUACCAGAAAUCAGUCAUUGCCACAGCAUUAUGGUGACCUCUAUGCUGAUGAUUCAAGACAGUUUGGUCCUUUUGACUCAUUAAAUCAACAGUAUCCAGUGCCGGAACAUAUUCAUGUUUCUCCAGAGUUUUACAUGUCUCAGGCAAACUCUAGACAUUUUGAUAGGCAUGCGAAUGGAAGAAACAGUAGUGAGACUGAUUAUAUGUUGCGCUCUGCGGGAAAUUUUGGUGUAAGUAACAAUACAUUUGAAGAACCUAGAGGUCCGAAUCUCAACUUCUUCAGUGGAGAAAAAAUGUUUCUUCCAAUGUCAUCUGCUCGAAGAUGUAUGAAGCACCCUGGUUCAGCGGACUUAUCUGCAAAUGAUUUCGAUAUGGGUCCACCACAUCGUGUUUUGCAUGAUACUUUUGAAUCUGCUGCAAGCUUCAAUUACAGAGAGAAAGCUUAUAAUCAAUGCAAAAGAGGCUCUUUCUCUGCUUCUUCUUCUUCUAGCCCAACUUGGGAGCUUGAUUAUAACUUGCCACCACUUGAUGAAGCAAGAAGUGGAAGCUACAGAGACUUCUGCCAUUGCCCUGCCAUGAUUGAUAUGCUUACUGAGAGAAACAGAGGGCCUAGGGCUUCCAGGCUAAACGGUAAAAAGAAAAUGAUCACUUCUGAUCGCCUUGAUCGUUUUUGUCAACAUGAUCUGCUCUCUCAGUUUAGGGACGCAAAGUUCUUCGUUAUUAAGUCAUAUAGCGAGGAUAAUGUUCACAAGAGCAUAAAGUAUUGUGUUUGGGCAAGCACUAAAAAUGGAAACAAAAAGUUGGAUGCUGCCUAUCGUGAAGCAAAGAAGAAAGAAGUGGCAUGCCCGGUCUUUCUUUUGUUUUCGGUGAAUGCCAGUGCCCAGUUUUGUGGAGUGGCCGAGAUGGUUGGACCGGUUGAUUUCAACACAAGUGUAGAGUACUGGCAACAGGAUAGAUGGUCAGGACACUUCCCCGUCAAAUGGCUUAUUGUCAAAGAUGUUCCCAACAGUCUCUUUCGUCACAUCAUAAUUGAAAACAAUGACAAUAAGCCUGUCACUAACAGUAGAGACACCCAAGAGGUGGAAGUUGAACAAGGUAUAGAGAUGUUAAAUAUAUUCAAGAGCUGUGAGAUGCGUUCUUCGAUCCUCGAUGAUUUUAGCUUCUACGAAGAGCGACAGAGAGCGAUUCAAGAUAGAAAAGCCAGACAACGUGCUGUUCUUGAAAAUCUCAGAGUCUCUCCAACCUCUGUUCCAACACAUCCAUCUCUCCAUGACGACUAUGUAAGGGAAAUGUCCAGAAGUUUCGCAGAGGCUUUGGCCUUGCAACACCAACCCCAACUAAGUUAAAGAACCUCUCUUCUCUUUUGGGAUUUGGAUUGGAUGGGGCUUUGUUUAUGGUUUAAUACUCGUGAUCUUGUACUAGUACUGACCAGUGACCAGGACUUAGGAACACAGUAUGUAAGAUAAAUCCAAGGUUCUAAAAAUCGUUGUCUACACAGUCUUGGCUUGUGAAUGCUCAAAUU